GAGCGAUGAACAUGACGUUCCAAAAUUUCGUCAACAAGAUACGGUUGACUCAGGGAAUGAUCAACUUCUGCGUGAUCGUAUACAUGGACGAUAUUCUUGUCUACUCGGAGACCUAUCAUCGUGACGGACAUGCGCAAUACAUCGAGUGGACAUUGGGAGCAUUGAGGGACGCUGGAUUCAAGAUUGCACUCGAGACGAGCGAAUUUUUCCUCUCAGAAAUUUCGUUCUUGGGGUACGUGGUGACACGUGGAGGGCUGCGAUCGGACUCCAGGAAAGUUGCGGCUGUGAAGGAAGCCCUAGUUCCCACGUCGUUGACGCAGGUUCGAGCCUUUUUGGGCCUGGUACCGUACUACUGCGAUUUUAUCAAAGGGUUUGCGGCGAUUGCUCGGCCUCUUACGAAUCUGCUUCCGAAGGACCAGCCUCUGCAAUGGGACUCUGAGUGCGGACAAGCCUUUGAUGCACUCCAAGAGGCCCUGGUCACUGCACCUGUUUUGAUCCGACCGGACCCUGCCAAGCAAUUUAUUCUUAUAACGGAAUGGCAACCGGAAGCGAUCUCCGCCAUUUUGGUGCAGAAGGGGAACGAUGGUCACGAACACGUCAUUGAGUACGCGUCACGAACAGUGCCACACGAACAAAGGAAUGAUUCAGCACCUCAAGGCGAAUGUUAUGCAGUAGUCUGGGGAAUCCUACACUUCCAUCCGUAUCUCUACGGACAGAAGUUUCGCCUCGUGACGCAUCAUGAGCCUCUGCUGGCCUUGAAGAAACUCACUAAUUACACCAAUUUACACGGGCAUGAUUGGAUGUUGGGCGAUCGAACGGCUUCCGAGAAUGAAGAGGUAGAGAUUGAAGAAGAGGAGGAAAGCUCGGAGGAAGAAGAAGAAAAAGUUGAAGAAGAGGACGCAGAGGAAGAGACUCCGGAAGAGGGGAGUUACAGUGAGCACAACGAAGGGGAACAAAGCCCGGAAGAAGAGGAGGAGGAAGAAGAAGAUCAGGAGGAGCUAGACGAGUCAGAGUGGGAAGGAUUUGAGGAGGAGGUGCGUACGGAGGCUCAAGCACAGGCCCAAGCGCAGAAGAGGGAGGAAAUCGCGGCCGAAAAGCGACAACUGGAAUUCGCCAGCGCAGCCAAUCAGCAGCUCGCCGACAAUCCGGCCUGGGAUCCAGAGCCGCCUAAGCCCGAGGAUGAGGACCCAACUGCCGAGACUUCGGCUGCACCAGCAAGGCGACGACGAAGCCGAUCCCCCUCCCCCUCCACCUCAGCCCGUCCCCCAAUUCGUCCCCGUACUGAUGCGGGGCAUCAGGCUUCGUCCCCGGUCGUUAUCCCGCCGUCCCCUUGACCACCUCUCUUUUCGUCAAAUUACCACUCGCGUUACCUUCCCCAACAAUCCCUUCCCCAUCG